GCCUACUGAAGCCACUACGUGUGCGUGCGUGCAUGUGUGCGUGCAUGUGCGUGCGUGCUGCGCGCGUACAUGUUUGGAAAGAAUUGGGCGGGCGGUCACUGUUAGAGGGGGAGGGUUUGAGUAGCAGGCAAUGACAAGAUGAAAGGGACCAGGUGCGGAGGAGAGACAGGAGUAUCACACUCUACCUCUUCUUCGACCCUUCCAUCCCUCCCUCAACCUCUCAACACACUGCACCCAACAUCCACAUCGCCUGUACAACUGGUCUGUGUGUGUGCGUGCGCGUAUGUAUGUGUGUGUGUGUGUAUGUAUGUGUGUAUGAGUGUGUGUUGUUGAGAGAGUCAUCGAAACAGGUCAGCGUUACUCCAGCAGAGUAUGAAUCUGCACAGGACUGAGCAGCUCUUUUCUGGCAGAGCUCUGCCCAGAUAACCCUUUUUAGUGGAGUGUCCCAGUGGCUCCAUCUUCAGGGAAGCGGGGCAUCCUGUUGAGACCUUUGGCUGCCAUGAAAGAAUCAACUUCCUGCGCUUCUCUGUGGUACCCUACGGCGGGGGAGGAUGGGUGAUGGGCCGGUGAUACUCAGCGGACUCUCUCCUCCUCAUCCCAAACUCUCAUGGAAAACCUUGUCACACCGAGUGCCUCCUGCAACGCUUCCUUCCUGGGACUCUCCUCGGUUGCCCUCUCACCACAAGCAAAUGCUUCCAACGUGAGCCAAGCUGGACUAGUUGUGAAACAAUCUUUAACUCUCUGUGCCAUGCUAAUCAUGGACAUCCUGGCUGUGGUGGGGAACCUUGCCGUAAUGGUCAUCAUAAGCAAAACACCACAUCUGCGCAAAUUCGCCUUUGUGUUCCAUCUGUGCUUGGUGGACCUGCUGGCAGCGCUGGUGUUGAUGCCUCUCGGAAUGGUGCCCGAUCGCGUGUUGGCAGACGAGGUGAUCUGUCGAAGCUACCUCUGCUUGAGCGUUUGCCUGGUGAGCGCGGCCAUCCUCACCAUCUGUGCCAUCAACGUGGAGCGCUACUACUACGUCGUGUACCCCAUGCGCCACGAGGUGAAGAUGACGGUCAGGGUGGUGGUGAUGGUAUUGGUGGGGGUCUGGAUUAAAGCCGUUGUCAUGUCAUUGCUGCCUUUCCUUGGGUGGUUGCUCCAAGGAAACCAGGCUGUGCCCUCGAGUCCGCUGUCCAUCCCUGGUCAGGCACACUGCUCCCUCCACUGGGCAGGAGGCAGAACCACUCGUCUGAUCUUCAUGGUCUUUUUCACAUUCAUCUAUUUCCUGUGUCCUAUGUUAAUUAUUCUGGUGGUCUACUGCAACAUGUUCAAGGUGGCCCGAGUGGCAGCCAUGCAGCACGGCCCACUCCCUACUUGGAUGGACACGCCCCGGCAACGCUCUGAAUCCGCCAGCAGCCACUCUACUAUGGCCGUCAGUCUUGGAGGAACUUGCUCCCGCAACACUCCUCAUAGGACCUUCAGUGGUGGGAAGGCCGCCGUGGUUCUGGUGGCGGUGGGAGGCCAGUUCCUCUGCUGCUGGCUGCCAUACUUCUCUUUCCAUCUCUAUUUGGCUGUGGUUUCUACCUCAUCUGCCUCGCUAGCCCAGCUGGAGGAUGUGGUCACGUGGAUCGGCUAUUUCUGCUUCACCUCCAACCCCUUCUUCUACGGCUGCCUCAAUCGUCAGAUUCGGGAGGAGCUCGGCCGCCACCUGGCCUGCCUUUUCAAGCGGGCUGGAUCCGGUCAGGGAGAACAGCUGCCCAGCCGUGAGGCCUCCAUCGAGGAGAACUUCAUGCAGUUCCUUCAGGGCACGGCGCGCAAUCUGGAGCCGUGUAACGCUCACAGCCGAGUGCGUCAAGAGGAGACGGAACAUGAAGGCCUACAGGAGUUUUCUGCUCUGCGGAACACGCCAGCUGACUUCCACAUCCCAGGGCAAAUUCUUGAAGAAACCUCAGAGUUGAUACAACAUCAAAAACUGAACAAUCAACUCCAUGCACUGGGAAAUUCCAAAACUGUACCAGAGAUUUAGCUGCCCCACCCAUAUGAUCUAAUAAUUGAGUUAAAGACUUCAUUUUAAUUGAUGCACCAAUUGUCCAUCUACAUCUUGAAUUUGGAAAAAAAAAAUGUUUUCACGAAAGAGGGGUUCGGUGAAUGCGCGUAUGAAUCUGGUGGGGUUUGGUACCUCCAACAAGGUUAAGAACCACUGAUCUACAUUUAGUUAUGCAACAUCUUUAUGAGAAAUUGGGGAGAAAUUCCGUGGAAAAUCAUUGCUAAAUACAAUAGAUCAUGCGCGUCUUCUUCUCCCACAUUCAAUGGCCUGCGGCAUUACUUGUUUAAGAGAGAAACUGCGGUUUGCUGUUUUGUGAGUGAUGUCAAUGUGUAUUUAUAAUAGUCUCACUUGAUUUGUUGUUCCAAUGUUUAUCCUUUAUAUCUGCCUUGUGAUCAUCUCCUCGCCAAAGUCAUUCCACAUUGUGAGACUUGUGAUCUUGCACCCUCCGUCCCCUCAGACAAACGGUGUUUUAGCGCUAAGUCAGAAAAACGUCUCCUCCUGUGCAAUAAAUGCUAGAGGUCACCAACUUGGUGCUCAUGGGCACUAGGUAGCUCACAAGGACCACAAGAGUAGCUGCUGGCCUGUUCUAAACACAGCUCACCAAUAAUAAGACAUAGGAUGGUUGUCAAUGUGAUCAUUUGAAGUUGUGAACACUUGAAGAGAUUUAUAAAAUCAAAGUUUUGUAGAUUGAUGUUUAUCUGUUUCCAAAUUUAUGUAAGCAAUCAUUAAUGGGAUCAGCGUCUUCACAUAAAUGAAUAUAUAAUUCAUUAUUAAUAAUAGUUAGGGAUGCAACGAUGUCCAAACAAUACAAUAAGAUGUUACAAUAUGAACCAAGGAAAGUUGUACGCUAUUGUUGGAGAAAAAUAUUUUGAAAAACAAAGCGAAUAUUGGGGUUUUGAACCGAAAUAGGAUUGGCCAGUCCUUUUAUUGCCGUGUGAUCCUCAGCGGCGCCACGUAACAUGAUCUAUAUAGGGGAGUUCACAAUGCUGUUUUUGGACAGAGAUGUGUUCCUUUAAGAUUGUAAAACAAAGAUGGCAAUAUUGUGGCAAUAUUGUCACAAUAUUGCUGUUGUUGUUACAUUACUAGUAAUAAUACCAUGCAGUAUAAUAACAUUAUUCAAGGUAAUUUGAGCAAAGUUGUUAUUCUGGUAGGACAUAUCAAAUUGCUAACCCUUCAUGCUAAUCAGUCGCCAACCUGUGGCUCUCUUUUCCAAAAAAAGGUUGGGGACCCCUAAUCUAAUACUCGGGCUUCUUAUUGGAUUGUAAGGAACUAUAACUUGCUCAGUACACUACGUGUAUGUUCCCAUGCAGUUUUUUUUUCUUUUUCUGCUCCCAGUCACAAGCAUAUGUUUCGAGUACAGCAUACAAAAGCAGUAUAUUGGAUUGUGGCCGUUUGGUUACAGUGGGACUUUACUUACUGUCUUUCUUACUGUGUAAUACAGUGCUGCAUGUUGACAGGUACACAGGAGCAUAAGAGCGCUUCUGUGUUUGUGAUUGACACAAGCCACAGUGUUGUGGCUACAUAAACGUGCCGUUGUGACAAUGCAUACACAUUUGUGAGCCUUUGGCCUCAUUUAGCUUGCCAAAUGGAAGUCUCGCAUCUCAGGUGGAAUACACAAACACUUUCUACAAGUUGGGACUGAUUCCAAAGAAAAUGACAUGAUACGCAAUCUGUUUAUAUAUUCGGCCUUUGUCUUGUCUAAGAUCAUUCUUUAUGUUGCCUAAGUCUAUAAUGGACAACUAACUAGCUUGAUCACAAGACUGGUGACUCAAGACCUACAGAACAUUUCACACACUGCUGAAAGUCAGAGCCAAAAAACUGGUCCCUUUGUUACAGGGAGACAUGAUGAAAGAAAUAUUCAAUUGAUUUUGUUAUUGUUGAACAAGACAAAACUCGCUGCCAGCUGCAAAGUUCUAGAAUUUCCAUGUGGUUUUAUUUAUAAUUCAUACUGGUUUGUGGCAUUAAUUUGCCUUCGCUUUUUUUUUUCUUUUUUUUUUUUUGAUAAUCUCAGUCUAACUUCCAACAUCUCAGUUCAAUCGAUGUAACGUCACAUAAAUUAAUGGUUAUGAUGAAGCCACUCUAUCUCAGCAUUUUUGUUUGUGCCAACAAGUUUUUACUCUGUAUUCUGUUUGUGUCAGACCUAUAAAAACGAUUGAUCUCAUUCUUUUUUUUUAGGUGACUGUUUCUCCCUUUUUAAGAUUUUGUCAGUAUCGGAGGGAGUUCCGCAUGGUUAAAACCACGUAAGAUUUAGGGCUCUAUAUUUGUUGACAGCGUAGAUGCACUUGCGCCCAAUCGGCGCAUCUUGAUUUUCGUGCUAGUGCAAGCCUCGUUUAGGGAAUUUGGCAGAUGGCUCUGCGACAUACUGGGCGGGUUGAAGGCGUUUUCUUUGACACGCCCUCGGUGCGCCACAAUUUGGUGGCUGAGCGUAAAGCAGUGCUUCUCAAAUAGUGGGGCGCGCCCCCGGGGGCGCGAUGCUAUUCCUGGGGGGGCGCGUGUGACCCUGGGGAACAGGCUUUGUUUUUGGCAGUACUAGAAUAAAGUGUAAUUGCGCGUUUACUACAGCAGGGGGCAGUGGCGCUCUCAUUGUUACUUCUGUCACGUUUGCGACAGUGCAACAUUUUACGACUUACAAGACAAGUUAGGAUAGUCACGGUGGGGAGGGGGGGCGCGAAUAGUUUUCUUCUUGCUAGGGGGGGGCGUAACAGAAAAUAAUUGAGAAGCACUGGCGUAAAGCAACCUUUACACCUGCUGAAACCAAUCAAUUCAUUCAACACAUUAUUAUCCAUUGGCUGCGUUCACGCCCACAAUGGUUUCUAACUCACCCGUGUGAGCAUCCGGAAUGUUUUGGAAAAGUGGGUAAUAGUCGGAAGAGCCCCACGCAAGCACAGAGAGAAUGUGGUAACGCACAAGUGGGCCAGAAGUUGAAGGUCGCAUCAUAACUGUGAGUCAGAUGUGCUUAACCACUAUUCCACCCUGCCACACGUUAAACUUUUUUUUUUAUUUCAAAUGCUAGUAAAGUAAAAGCAAAUUACCUGGAAAAUCUGUCUGGCUAAUUUGAUUGAUAUUUAAUGUCUCCACCCAUUCAGAAUCCGUGUUGCAGUUGUGGGUAAAUCCGCUAAGGGGUGCUGUUACAUCACAAAAACUCGACCCGUCAUCCUGACUGGGUCAUUUAAAUAGUUAAAAACAGACCUUUUAUCUAUUUUAGCCAAACUUUUGCAUGCUACUUUAUAUUCGGUUGUCAAAUGACCCCGUGUGGCAGUUUACGCAAAACGCAUAGACCGGACAGUCAGGCAGUGCUGUUUGCUUUGAACUAUUUACCCUACAUUUCCCAUCAAGCCGAUAGGGAGGGCCCGUUUUUUUCCCCUUUUUUUCGACUUUCGGAUUACAUCUGGAUCUGCUGGAAGAGGGCGCGACUGCGCAGCAGCAGCCACUGUUACUCUCAAGGCGAAAGUACGCUCUUUUUUGAAUCCUUAUUCAUUCCAAAAGCGUUUGUAAAUAUUUUAGAGUUUGUGAUCAGAAUUGCAGACAAAAAAAAAACUUGCUCGGCACUGUUAGAAAUUGC